CUUGGAUUUCAGAAUACCCAAUGGUCGACUUUGAAAAGUUGUCAGUUCGUAUUGAAAAUCUUAAGGAAACGCUUGACCCAAUUGCUAGGAACGAAGUGACAUGUUAUUAUCGUGAUAAAGCCAUGAGUUGCAUCAAUGAAGUUGGUAUAAGAAAUUAUAGCAAUCCUAUGCCUGGUUAUUACGGACCAAAAGGUCAGAGUAUUAUCGGCGAAACUUUACAAAAAAUUUACGUGAACACCGAGAUUAUGACCAAUGAAUCUUGUGCUCCACAAAAUCCAAUUGCGUACCUUUUCGAGGUGAUGAUCUCUGAAACUGCUGUCCGUCUCAUAAUGGAUGACUUGGGCUAUGAAUAUGAUAAAGCUAGAGAAACAAUGAACAAGAAUCUAUGA